AUCGCAACAUGCCAAGCGAAUGGGUAUUUCUCAUCAUCUGGCUGAUCCCGAUGGCCUCCGGGGGCACUACGGCACCAUCGCUGAGUGCCAGUCCCAUUGUCUUCGCCCGGAAUCUGUUCCGUGCCCUCAACGAUGAGGUGCCGCCCGUGAACAUGAUGGUAUCUCCGGCUGCUGCCCGUAGUGCCAUGACCUUGGUUUUCAUGGGGGCCGGCGGGAAGAGUGCAGAUGAGCUGCGCUCCAAGUUGAUCCUGGGUGUGUCCAAUAAGUCGGAAGUCGCCAAACAACACGCGGAGUCCUGGAGCGACGAGUGCUCCUGUGCGAAAAGAGGAGUAGCCCUGCGAUUGGUCACCCGGUUGUACGUCAAUGAAGAGGAGAAAAUUCGGACUGACUUCAAUAGCAUGGCCUUGGAGUUCUUCAAUGCAGAGGCCGAUGCUCUUAACUACUUGAACCCGGAGGAUUCUGUCAAAAAAGUUAACAAGUGGCUGGAAAAGCAAACGUUUUACACUGUAAGAAACCUGUUUACGCCCGAUGUCUUCAAUCCCGAUGCCAGUGUAAUCCUUGUGAACUCCCUGUUCUUUCGAGCCAAAUGGGACAAGAUAUUCCCCCUGCAACUUACCAAGGUCGAAGACUUCUGGAUCAAUCCUCGCCAGCGGAUGGAACUCCCCAUGAUGAGGCAGAUUGGUCAGUUUCGCUAUGGCGAGUCCAAGAAGCUCAAGUCGCAGAUCCUGCAGUUGCCCUUCGAGAGGUCCAACAUGACCAUGAUGUUUAUUUUGCCGACGGCCAUCGAUGGCUUGGCCAAAUUGGAGGAAAAACUUGCUGAACUGGAUAUGAACGAGGUGGCCGCCAGGAGUCUGAUGAAGGAAGUGGAUGUCACCAUUCCGAAAUUCAGGAUCGAGAGCUCUGUUGAUCUCAAGGUUCCACUACAAAAGAUGGGUAUUAAUAGUGUCUUUGAGGCCGGACAAGCAAAUUUGAGUGGCGUUUUUGAAAAGAAAUCACCACAAAGGAUUUCGGAAGCCAGACACAAAGUAUUUCUGAAUGUUACGGAAUUUGGGUGCGAGGUAGCACCGGAAUCAGAUGUCCAGCCCAAAGUCGUGAAGAAGAAUCCCGAUCGCAAGGUCUUCAAGGCCGACCGCCCCUUCGUUUUUGCCAUCCGCGACAAGAAAAACGUUUACUUCGUUGGCCAUUUCAUUAAGCCCUAAUUGCGGGAGGGGGCUGCACGUAUAUUGAUGGUGAUGGCCCGCAGGCAAUCACGCCAUAAUGGACAGUAUCCCAAUGAACAUCAAAUUGUUGCCAAACAAAUGUACACAAUGAACUCGAAAUACAAGAUACAGCACUGCACUCGA